AUGGCGGCGAAAAACUCCAACGGCAACAGGAGAGCGUCUCCCGCGGUCAAUCUGAUCGCUGGUGGUGGCGCCGGUAUGAUGGAGGCUCUUGUAUGCCAUCCAUUGGACACAAUCAAGGUCCGCAUGCAGCUCUCACGGAGAGCGACAGCCCCGGGGGCUAAGCCGCGUGGUUUUGUGGCUACUGGUGCCGAGAUUGUGCGCCGGGAGACCGCACUGGGUCUCUACAAGGGACUCGGGGCUGUGUUGGGAGGCAUCAUUCCCAAGAUGGCCAUUCGAUUCACCUCCUACGAGUCAUACAAGGCCGCACUCGCCGAUAAAGAGACGGGCAACGUCACCAGCAAAGCUACGUUCCUAGCUGGUUUGGCUGCUGGUGUGACCGAAGCCGUGGCGGUGGUCAAUCCCAUGGAGGUCGUCAAGAUCCGUCUCCAAGCUCAACACCACAGUCUGGCUGAUCCCCUCGACACACCCAAAUAUCGCAGUGCCCCUCACGCCCUCUUCACAAUCAUCCGCGAGGAAGGCUUCAGCGUGCUCUACCGCGGUGUUUCCCUCACAGCCCUGCGCCAGGGUACCAAUCAAGCCGCCAACUUCACCGCGUACACGGAGCUCAAGGCUGCUCUCCAACGCUACCAGCCCGAGUAUGCAAACGCCCAACUGCCCUCCUACCAGACCACUUUGAUCGGUCUGAUCUCCGGUGCCGUCGGCCCCUUCUCCAAUGCCCCGAUUGACACGAUCAAGACUCGUCUUCAAAAGACGCGCGCCGAGCCAGGUCAGUCUGCGCUCAAUCGCAUCAUGGUCAUUGCCAAAGAUAUGUUCAAGACGGAGGGUGCGCGGGCCUUUUACAAGGGUAUCACUCCUCGCGUGAUGCGUGUGGCCCCCGGUCAGGCGGUGACUUUUACCGUGUACGAGUUCGUCAAAGGCAAGCUGGAAGCGUCCAACUGGGCCUUUGUGGGCGGGAAAUUUGAGGAAUAG